AAAAGCUGGCACUGUUUGUCCUCUAAAACAUAUCCAAAAAUGGAAAAAGGUAAUUAAAAAAUUCAUAUGAGCCUAACAUAGUAAAAUGUUCAAGCAGAUGUAAAAUGUUCAGAGUUUUGUGAUAAAUUGAGAGCUAUGCGCAAUACAACAAGUUGAAUUCAAGUCUCCCCACUUUCCCCUAUGGCAAUUGGAAAGAGAAAUAAAACAGCAGCUUUAAAAAUCUUAACUUUAUUUCGAGGAACCAACUGGAACAGAAAUUUAGUAUCGUAAUGUGUUGUUUAAACAGAUGAAAAAUUUUCAAAACGUUCAUUAUGAAAUUCACAAAAAUGAUUCAAUCUGGCAAGCCCCAGUCAGUUGUGAGAUUUAAGCAAGUGCAGUUAGUAGUAGUUAUCUGAAAGCAAGUAGUAGUUUUUUGGAUGUUCAGAAGAGUGAAAAUAAUUAAAAUGUUUUGAUUUGCAGAAAUCUUCAAAUGAACGAAGCACUGUCAACGAACAACAAAUCUUGCUUUCUACGCACAGCGCAGGUGUCUGUUUGUGCAGUUGUUCUGAUUGCCUUGAUCACGUACACCUCUUCGUACUACUAUGAGCGACCGUGGACUCAAUUGCCUCAGUUUGGAUUUCUUAAAAGACUCCAAAGAAAGUUUAUCAAACCUCCUCCGCCUCCAGGGACUUCCUGUAGCAAGAAGAAUGUCACGUUUAGUAAAACCACAGUCGGUGAUCUGUACGAAAGCGGACAUUCGGACGAUCUCGAAAACUUCAGCAAGAUCUGCCCCGACAACGGACUCUCAAUCCAACUUUUGAUGCUCGUCCUCUCCGCGCCCACUCAUUUCGACCGGGAGGCCAUCCGGAACACGUGGGGCCACCACGAAAGUCCCGAUGUCGCAGUCGCCUUCCUCCUGGGAAACUCACAAAAUCAAGGCGUUGAAGACCGCCUUACGGCGGAAAACGCCCUCUACGGUGAUGUUAUCCGGGGGCACUUCCACGACACGUACGACAAUCUCACCCUGAAGACGGUUUCGAUGCUCGAGUGGACGGGGGUGCACUGUUCGAAGGCUAGGUUUUUACUUAAAGUGGACGACGACAUGUUCAUCAACGUGCCGAAGCUGGUGGAGUUUGUGAAAGCUCGAGUUGAUGUGGGGAGAUCGAUUUUUGGGCGGUUGGCGGAUGGUUGGCCGGCGCUCAGGGAUCGCUCCUCCAAGUGGUACGUCAGUUGGGAGGAGUACGGACUGGAGAGGUAUCCGGCGUUUACAACGGGUGAGUUUGAUUUGAGUGACGUUUUUUGGGAUUAGAACUAAUCCAAGUUAUUUUGAAGGACCUGCGUAUCUACUGACCGCGGAUAUCGUCCAGGACUUGUACUGCGAAGCGCUGGGAAUGCCAUUUUUCAAGCUGGAGGAUGUGUUCGUAACGGGGAUGGUAGCGGAGCGAUUGAAUG